AUGGCGCCGGAGGAGCCGCCCCGCCGUCGCUCCAGACGGGACGCGCCGCCGCCGGUGCUGCCCCCGGACCUGGUGCGCGAGAUCCUGCUGCGCCUCCCGGCGGCCGACGCGUGCCGCCUCCGCGCCGUCUGCCGGCCGUGGCGCGCGCUCCUCUCCGACCCGCUCUUCGCCGCCGCCCACGCGGCCCGGCACCACCCGGGCCCGCUCGUCGCCGUCGGCUACGACGCGUCGCUCGGCGCCGGCCGCGUCCUCCGCGACGUCGUCGACUGCCUCUCCGGCCGCGUCGCCAAGCGCGUCCGCUCCGGCACCGGCCGCGAGCGCGUCAUGUGCGCGCACCGCGACCACCUCUGCGUCGCCAGGGGAUCCAGCAUGAGCUGCCACCUGCUCGACCUGACCACCGGCGCCGUGCGCGCCCUGCCCGACGGACUGGCCGCGGAGCACGCCAGGCACCGGCAGGCCUUCUCGGAUUGCUGGGCGUCGACGGCGUUCGGGCUGGUCCCCUCGAACGGGCACUACAAGGUGCUCCGCGCGCUCCAUUCCUUUCGCUACCACCCCAUGGAGAAGCUGUACGAGGUCGUCACCAUUGACGGCAGCAGCAGCAGCCAAGCUCGGUGGAGGGGGCAGCGGGCGCCUCCGUACCCUGUCGAGCUCGGCGACUGGUACAGCGUGGUGGUCAAGCACAUUGUCUAUUUCUUCCUGUCGGAUCUGUUCUUGGCGAUAAACAAGGCCUCGUAG